AUGAAGCGGCAAAACGUGCGGACCUUGUCCCUGAUCAUUUGCACGUUCACAUACCUGCUCGUCGGGGCCGCCGUCUUUGACGCCCUGGAGUCCGACUUCGAGAUGCGGGAAAAGGAGCAGCUGGAAGCCGAGGAGAAGCGUCUCCAGGGGAAAUAUAACAUCAGCGAGGAUGAUUACCGCAAACUGGAGAGCAUCAUCAUGGAGGCAGAGCCCCACAGAGCCGGGGUGCAGUGGAAAUUCGCAGGGUCGUUUUACUUUGCCAUCACGGUCAUAACCACCAUAGGCUAUGGGCAUGCAGCGCCGGGCACCGACGCAGGGAAGGCCUUUUGCAUGUUUUAUGCCGUCCUGGGAAUCCCUUUGACUCUGGUCAUGUUCCAAAGCCUCGGUGAGAGGAUGAACACUUUUGUCAAGUACCUUCUGAAGCGCAUCAAGAAGUGCUGCGGCAUGAGCAUCACCGACGUCUCCAUGGAGAACAUGGUGACCGUGGGAUUCUUCUCCUGCAUCGGCACGCUGUGCAUCGGGGCCGCCGCCUUCUCCCAUUACGAGGAUUGGAGCUUCUUCCAGUCCUAUUAUUACUGCUUCAUCACAUUAACAACUAUAGGCUUUGGGGACUUUGUGGCCCUUCAAAAGAACCGGGCCCUCCAGAAGAAGCCCCUGUACGUGGCUUUUAGCUUCAUGUACAUCCUGGUGGGCCUGACAGUCAUCGGGGCCUUCCUCAACCUGGUGGUGCUCCGCUUCCUGACUAUGAACAGCGAGGACGAGCGGCGGGACGCCGAGGAACGGGCCUCGCUAGCCGACAACCGGAACAGCAUGAUCAUCCACAUCCAGGACGAGUCGCUGCAGCGGGGCCGGCGGCAGCGCGAGCCAUAUCGGCCGGAAGUGACCGACUUGCAGUCGGUCUGCUCCUGUAUGCAUUACCACUCGCAUGACUUCGGCAGCUCUGGGGGAGGGAUGGGAGGCCUGGGCUGUGCCUUCUCCCAUAAGAACUCGUUCAGCUCGCAGCUGAAUCCCAAUCAGUACUUUCACUCGGUUUCCUACCGGAUCGAGGAGAUCUCGCCCAGCACCUUGAAAAACAGCUUCUUCCCUUCGCCCAUCAGCUCGGUGUCGCCGGGCCUUCACAGCUUCACAGACAAUCACCAGCUGAUGAGGAGAAGGAAAUCCAUCUAA